UGUGACAUAACCUCGCGGGUUCAUUGAUUAACCAAUUGCUACACAUUCCACUUCUCCAGUAACCUCUAGUCCAGUAAACAGACAAACUGUCAGCCUAGCUUCAGAGCGGCUUUAUUUCGUAAUACGUAACAAUUAGUGCCUUAUUUUUUUGAAAUUAUUGAUUACGAGAAGAAAAGGAGCAUGGAUAGCUGUGCUUUGUCGAGUCCAGAAGACGACGAAGGCCAAAUUUCGAAGAGCGAUGAGGAUUGCUCGUUUGAUGAAAUAAUUGGGCACAUCGAAGAUUUGCUGCUAGAGAAAGAAUUCCAAGACCUGCAGCAGAGAUUCUUAGAAAAGUACUGGGACGUUUUCGAGCCAGUGGAGGACAACAAAUUAAUUUACACUGAUAUAUUCAAUGAAUACAAUAAAGCUGUAGAGGCGUACAUCGUGGGGUAUCUCCGGAAGCUUAUGCCACAGUUCACGCUAGACGUUCUCUUGCAUCAAUUAAACGAGAAGCAAACCGAGCUGGAAGGUGAAGUCUUUGAAGUACUCUCAACAAUAACAGACUUUCUGGCCUUUAAGGAGAUGUUCCUUGAUUACAGAGCAGUAAAAGAGGGUAAAGUUGAAGAUCUCAGCUGUGGAAUAUCAAUAACACCUCUGAAAAUCUGCGAUGCGGAACAGCACUCGCCGAGGUAAUAUACGUGAUUUUAACACCAUUAAAGCGCCUUUUAGGCAAAGAAUAGAGCAUAUCAGCGAAGGCCGUAUAAAAUUAAGUAAGUUAGAAACAUUACAUAUUGUGUUCAAUCUACUGUAUCAUAAUACUUGCAUGUCUCUGUAAAAAUGUAUAUUUAUUAUAUCACGCAAUUACAAAUAUAAAAAUAAUUCAGAU